CACUUGAAGUCAGCACAAACUCCUGAUCCGCCUCGCAACAAUGAGGAACUUUCCCUUCCGAGUUUCCACUGAAGCGACAGGGGGACGUGGGAUGCAUGCGGUGGGAUGAAAACGGAAAAAGAUGUGAAAAGAAGAGAGUGGGAGUUGUGAUCUAGAAACGUAUUUUUCUUUUCCUUAUCAAACGAUAAGGAAAACAUGGCGAAUUCAAGUUCUUCACAUGCGGCUCCUCAGGUGACCUCUCAGCCUCACCGCGCCGAGAUCCUGGACAACCCGCUCCAGACCUAUCUUCUGGGAAUCAUAAUCUCCAUAUGUGGCAAUGUCCUCAUCAGCAUUUCACUCAACAUACAGAAAUAUGCCCACGUCCGUCAGUCUCAGCGUGGCUCUAAGCCCUACUACACCUCUGUGAUGUGGUGGUGCGGUGUGGCUCUCAUGGGUGUCGGCGAGCUGGGGAAUUUUGCAGCCUACGGCUUUGCCCCAGCAUCACUCAUAGCCCCGCUAGGCUGUGUGUCUGUCAUAGCCAGCGCUGUCAUAUCUGUGGUUUUCCUCAAGGAGAGGGUGCGCGCCUCUGACAUUGUUGGUGGCACCCUGGCAAUAACAGGGACAUAUGUUCUGGUGACCUUUGCCCCACACACUUCCACACACAUCACAGCCCAUCUGGUCCAGUACUACGCUGUCAGCUGGCACUUCCUGCUUUACCUCUUCUUAGAGAUUGUCGUUUUCUGUAUCCUGCUCUAUGUUUACAAGAGGAGGAAUGUGAAGCACAUCAUCAUUGUGAUGCUGCUGGUGGCCCUGCUAGCCUCUCAGACAGUCAUCUCAGUCAAAGCUGUGUCAGGGAUGAUCACCGAGUCGAUAAAAGGCCAGCUGCAGCUCAUCUACCCCAUCUUCUAUGUCAUGCUUGUCGUCAUGAUCGCCACCUGUGCCUUCCAGAUCAAAUUUCUCAAUCAGGCAAUGAAAAUGUUUGAUGCGACAGAGGUGGUUCCUAUCAACUUUGUGUUUUUCACCGCAAGUGCCAUUGUUGCAGGGAUAGUAUUUUACCAGGAAUUUGAAGGCUUGGCUUUACUCAACAUUUUUAUGUUUCUUUUCGGUUGUCUUCUGUCUUUCCUUGGAGUUUUCCUGAUAGCCCGAAACAGGCCAAAAAUAAAGCAACAAGAUCCCAAUUUUCUCGCAAUGGAUAAAAUUCCUAGGAGGGGGCACACAGACAAAGUGCAGCCUGAGGCAACGACAUACGGAUCGCUGGCAGCCAAACUCAUGUGCAACAGAGCUGGCCAAUCAGACGAUUCAUAGGACCAGCUCCAUCUGUUGGAGGUUCAUUUUGGUGGAUUUGUGUGCCUGUGUGUGCGUGUGCCUGUGUGUGCAUCCUUCCUCCUGGGUACUUCAAUAAUAUCUCUAUUUAAAGAAAUAAAUGCAUGGCAUCAAUUCAAACCAGUGCCAGCUUAGCGGCAGUAUUGGUGGCCACAUUGGUUUUACAUUUUAUGUCAAAAAUGGCAAGUAUCUCUUUCAAUAUCCUAGAAAUCUCUUGAGUUAACAGUAUUUCCAGCAGGGUUUUCUGGAAUAACUGAUGAGGAAAAAUGUACUGAACGCAAUGAAACCCCUCAGGAUCACAGUGCAACAUCAAAUGCCAAAGGUCCAGUAGGCCUUCCAAUAUAACAUAUGUGAUAUGUUAAUCAAUUGAAUAAAUGUAUCUAUGUGCGAUCAGUUGUCAAUAAAUAAGGACAGUAUCUGACAUUUCAA